UAUCAUGCGCGCUUCAGAAAGACAACAACUCGAAGGUGGUAUAUAAAUGAGCGGUUCUUUGAAAUUCAAAUCAACCGCAGCCCCAACACAGCUGAGCAAGAUGAAAGCUUUCAUUCUCACCCUAGCCAUAACAGCAGCGUCUGCCUACACCUUGCCUGAAUGGCGAGUUGUUAACGGCACUGAUGCUCCUCUCGGAAAAUAUCCCCAAUUAAUUUCUUUGCAAAAUUACAAUUCUCACUCCUGCGGUGGAACAAUUCUUAACGAAAACUUCUUUAUGACAGCAGCCCAUUGCGUUCAAACGUCAACCACCUAUUUAAAAGCGCUGGCUGGCACAAACGCCCUUGACCAGGGCGGCACCCUGCACCAGGCUGUCCAGAUCAUCACCCACGAGGCCUACGACCCCCUCAACCAGUGGAUCAACGACAUCGCCGUGGUCAAAGUGGACCCUCCUUUUGUGUUUGACGAAUACACUCAGGCCGUGGUUUUGCCCGCGCAGGACCAGGAGAGCGCCGCUGGAUCAACCGGGACCCUCGUUGGCUGGGGCCUGAGCGAAACGGGUGGAUUAAUAAUGAAUAUCCAGCAAGAGGUUGACUUGGUCGUCUACUCGGACGAGGAAUGCGACGCAAUCCAUGGGGGUAGACCUCACCCUACUAACAUUUGCGCUGGAGUUAUUGGAGGUGGCAAAGGGCAGUGCAGUGGUGACUCUGGCGGUCCGCUCUUUGUGAACGGCUAUCAAGCAGGAAUUGUGUCCUGGUCAAGGAAACCAUGCACGAUUGCACCCUACCCAGGCGUUUACACCGAGGUUUCACCCUAUGUUGACUGGCUCUUGUCAAAAAUUAACUGACAAACAGCAAUAAUUUUGUAGCGUUUUUAUAUCCUUUUUUUAUAUAAAAAAUAUUAAUAAAAUGUUUUUGCAAUCAUUAAAAACAA